AUGCUUACAUUUUUGCUUUUUUUGCUGCUGGUCAGCUCAGUGCGAACAGCAAACAAAUCCAACAUUAUCCCUGAGGAGCGCAUUAUUGGCGGCGCACCCGUAUCUGUAAUACCAUACCAGGCAUCAUUACGUCUCUUGUCGUACGAUAACGUUUUGUUUGGAUCUGGACACAUUUGUGGUGGCAGUCUGAUUUCCCAGCGCGUUGUAGUCUCAGCGGCUCACUGCGUGCUCGUCUCGGAGAGCACGCCUAUGGUUUUUCGUUCGGCAUCAGAAUUUCGUUUAGUUCUGGGAUCUGUGAGUCUCUAUGUGCGCACUCCUUACGUAUAUAACGUAAUCAAGGUGGUGUACAACGCCAAUUUCGACAUCACCACAAUGCAAAAUGAUGUGUCGCUCUUUUUCAUGAAUGGACUUGUGCCCCUGAGUUCGACCGUUGUCUAUCCAAUUGCCUUAAACACUAUACAAGAGCCCUCUGGAACUAAAUGCGAAGUAACCGGCUGGGGCUCCACAUAUGUGGGCGGUCCGGUAUCAUCCGUGCUUAUGGGGGUUGAGGUGCCAAUCGUAAGUAAUGCCCAAUGCGCCGCUAUCUAUAGCAACACCUAUCCCGGCAUGCUGUGCGCUGGAAACGUGCAAAAUGGAGGCGUGGACGCCUGUCAGGGCGAUUCGGGCGGCCCAUUGGCGUGUAACGGCCUGCUGGCUGGCAUUGUCUCGUGGGGCUACCAAUGUGCCUUGCCCGGCUAUCCCGGAGUCUACACAAAUGUCUCCGACUUUGUCGGUUGGAUCCAGCAGAAUAAUGCGACCUUCAACUACAGCUACUAUCUGAAUACGGGCAUUGCUUUGCAAUGGCAUUGGCUGCUCCUGUUGCUCAGCGUGUUGGCGUAUUGGGAUGUUGCAACGUCAGUGAGCCCAUUGGCUAAUAACACGGUCAAGGGCGAGACAAGAGUGGUGGGCGGCACUGCCAUCCAGAUUGAUGAUGCGCCCUUCCAGGUAUCCGUGCGACUGGCGAAGAACGAGAAGGACCGCUACGGAUCGGGUCACAUCUGUGGAGGAGUCGUUAUAUCACAGCGCUUGGUAGUCACAGCAGCUCACUGCUUUUUCGACUCAAAAGAUCAGUACAGAAAGGCCAGCGAUUUCGUGCUGGUCGUGGCCAGCUCAUACGUGUGGACCAAGGAUCCAAAUGCUCAGGUGUACAACGUGCAGCAGAUGAUCAUACACAGCGGUUAUCAACAAGGGAAAUUGGUGAAUGACAUUGGACUCCUGUUCAUCAAUGGGUAUUUACCCUGGAAUUCGGCAAAGGUGCGUGCAUUGGCCCUCAACACACAACCGAUUAGCGCUGGAACGAGCUGUGCCGUUACCGGUUGGGGAGUCACCAAUACCGCCACAGAGUCCACCAGCAAUGUUCUGUAUUCGGGUGCGGUGCAGAUAAUCGGGCAAGCAACUUGUGAGCAGUCGUACGGCCCCUUGCCACAGUCUCAGGUCUGCGCCGGCAUUCUGGCUGGUGGAGUUGACUCCUGCCAGGGCGACUCUGGUGGUCCCCUGCAAUGUGAAGACAAGCUGGUGGGCGUGGUCUCUUGGGGCAAUGGCUGUGCGCAGCCCAACUUUCCGGGCGUCUAUACGAAUGUGUCCUUCUACCAUGGAUGGAUUGUGCAGCAGAAUAGUUCGCUAAACUAUUCGUACUAUAGCAAUGGGGCCCCAUGGAAAGCAACAACUGCUGGAUUGGGGCUCUAUGGCUUGGGAUAUGCCAUGUUGAGCAUUUUUGUGGUGGGCAGUAGAUUCUAAAAGUUUUUUCAUCAUUGAUCUAGCAUAGACAUAAAAGUGUUUAUUUUUGUAAUUAUUGUGAGAUUGGAUAAGUCAAUAGAAUUAAGUACAAAAUUGAACAGCUUAAAAUAAAACUAGUUUGAAUAAUAUCGGCUAUUUUCAGAUACGAUGCUAA